AUGGGUUGUAGUUUGUCUUGUAGAUCAUCAUCGUGUGGAGUGAAGAAUAUGAUCCGAGUGGUUCACCUGAAUGGGUUGGUACAAGAUUUUGACCACCCUGUUUCGGUGAGUGAAGUCACUGGCACCGAUCGCCCACCAAAGCAGUUCCUUUGCACUCCAGCUCAACUCCUUUCCGACUGCUCCCAGUUGGGUCUUCAACCUGAUACUAUUCUUCAAGCUGGCCAUAUUUAUUUUCUUCUACCUUACACCACUCUGCAGUCUGAUGUGUCUCAUGUGUCUUUGGCAUCUAUUGCCAGAAAGCUCACUGCCAAAGCCAAGUCCACCAAGCCCAACUCCUCCACUCAGCCUGCCUCCACCCCGCUCUGGCCCUCGCCUGAUUCAGGGCUUGUGUCUUGUGGGGCACAAAGGUUGUCCCGCAUGCGUCCUUGGAAACCUGUCUUGGACACCAUCAGAGAAAAAUCAUUUAAUCGCCGAAGCGAAUCGGAUUUGCAGGAAGGAAACCUAGUCCAAAAUGUUUAG